GUCAUGAUGCCGGCAGUCGGUUCCCCAUCAUCUCUUUCUGGUGGCGAAGGGGGAACGGAGGCCGUGGGACCCCAUGAGGGUCUGGUGAGCUUUGAGGAGCUGUCUGUGUCUUUCACGGAGGAGGAGUGGGCGCUGCUGGAUCCGGACCAGAGAGCUCUGCAUCAGGAAGUCAUGGAAGAGAUCUGUGGGAUCGUGGCCUCUCUGGUGGCCGCUCACUGGGUGGACCUUUUCAUCGAGCUGUCCACCACAACCCCAAGAUCACUUUCCUGUUCGGUCGCCACCAGCUCAGAUCUGAUGGACCAGGAGAGAAUAAGAACAAGAGCAAUGCACAAGAUGACCAGUAAACCCUCUGCUUCUCAUGGCCACAGUGAAACCCCAGUACAGGAAAAUUUAGUUGAACGAAUGGAAAUAAAUCAGUAUUCUGUGCGUAGGACAAGCUUUGAUUCCCAAUCAAGUCUUCAAAGCCAUUGUAAAACUCACACAGAUGACAACUCAUUAAAACGCUUGGAGUGUGGAAAGAGCGUCACUAGAAGCACACACCUGACUUCUCAUCAAAGAAUUCACACAGGGGAGAAACCAUAUGAAUGUACAGAAUGUGGAAAGAGCUUCAGUGAGAAGAGACACCUGACUCAACAUCAAAGAAUUCACACAGGGGAAAAAACAUAUGAAUGUUCAGAGUGUGGAAAGUGCUUCAGUCAGAGGUCAAGCCUCACUUCUCAUCAAAGAAUUCACACAGAGAAGAAACCAUCUAGCUGUGCAGAGUGUGGAAAACGCUUCAGUGAUAAGGUACACCUCACUCGUCAUCAAAGAAUUCACACAGGGGAGAAACCAUAUGAAUGUACAGAAUGUGGAAAGAGCUUCAGUCAGAGAACAAACCUCACUUCUCAUAAAAGAAUUCACACAGGGGAGAAACCAUAUGGAUGUGCAGACUGUGGAAAGCGCUUCAGUCAGAGCACAAGCCUCACUUCUCAUCAAAGAAUUCACACAGGGGAGAAACCAUAUGAAUGUGCAGACUGUGGAAAGCGCUUCAGUGAUAAGGUACACCUCACUCGUCAUCAAAGAAUUCACACAGGGGAGAAACCAUAUGGAUGUGCGGACUGUGGAAAGUGCUUCAGACAUAGUUCAAGCCUCACUUGUCAUCAAAGAAUUCACACAGGGGAGAAACCAUAUAGCUGUGCAGAGUGUGGAAAGCGCUUCAGUCAUAAGUCACACUUCAAUUCUCAUCAAAGAAUUCACACAGGGGAAAAACCACAUGAAUGUGCAGCAUGUGGAAAGCUCUUCAGGGAUAAGAUACAACUCACUCGUCAUCAGAGAAUUCACACAGGGGGGAAACGAUAUGAAUGUACAGACUGUGGAAAGCGCUUCAGUCAGAGAACAAACCUCACUUCUCAUCAAAGAAUUCACACAGGGGAGAAACCAUAUAGCUGUGCAGAGUGCGGCAAGUGCUUCAGUUAUAAGUCACACAUCAUUUCUCAUAAAAGAAUUCACACAGGGGAGAAACCAUAUGGAUGUGCAGACUGUGGAAAGUGCUUCAGUCAGAGUUCAACCCUCACUUCUCAUCAAAGAAUUCACACAGGGGAGAAACCAUAUGGAUGUGCAGACUGUGGAAAGCGCUUCAGUCAGAGCACAAGCCUCACUUCUCAUCAAAGAAUUCACACAGGGGAGAAACCAUAUGAAUGUGCAGACUGUGGAAAGCGCUUCAGUGAUAAGGUACACCUCACUCGUCAUCAAAGAAUUCACACAGGGGAGAAACCAUAUGGAUGUGCAGACUGUGGAAAGUGCUUCAGACAUAGUUCAAGCCUCACUUCUCAUCAAAGAAUUCACACAGGGCAGAAAGCAUAUGAAUGUGCAGACUGUGGAAAGUACUUCAGUGAUAAGGUACACCUCACUCGUCAUCAAAGAAUUCACACAGGGGAGAAACCAUAUGAAUGUACAGACUGUGGGAAGUGCUUCAGACAUAGUUCAAGCCUCACUUCUCAUCAAAGAAUUCACACAGGGGAGAAACCAUAUGAAUGUGCAGACUGUGGAAAACGCUUCAGUCAUAGUUCAAGCCUCACUUCUCAUCAAAGAAUUCACACAGGGGAGAAAGCAUAUGAAUGUGCAGACUGUGGAAAGUGCUUCAGUGAUAAGGUACACCUCACUCGUCAUCAAAGAAUUCACACAGGGGAGAAACCAUAUGAAUGUACAGACUGUGGAAAGUGCUUCAGACAUAGUUCAAGCCUCACUUCUCAUCAAAGAAUUCACACAGGGGAGAAACCAUAUGAAUGUGGAGAUUGUGGAAAAUGCUUCAGUCACAGGUCAAGCCUCACUUCUCAUCAAAGAAUUCACACAGGGGAGAAACCAUAUGAAUGUGGAGAUUGUGGAAAAUGCUUCAGUCACAGGUCAAGCCUCACUUCUCAUCAAAGAAUUCACACAGGGGAGAAACCAUAUGAAUGUGGAGAUUGUGGAAAAUGCUUCAGUCACAGGUCAAGCCUCACUUCUCAUCAAAGAAUUCACACAGGGGAGAAACCAUAUGAAUGUGGAGAUUGUGGAAAAUGCUUCAGUCACAGGUCAAGCCUCACUUCUCAUCAAAGAAUUCACACAGGGGAGAAACCAUAUGAAUGUGGAGAUUGUGGAAAAUGCUUCAGUCACAGGUCAAGCCUCACUUCUCAUCAAAGAAUUCACACAGGGGAGAAACCAUAUGAAUGUACAGAGUGUGGAAAGAGCUUCAGUGAGAAGAGACACCUGACUCAACAUCAAAGAAUUCACACAGGGGGAAAAACAUAUGAAUGUGCAUGUCAUGCCCUGCAUGGAAGUGGAGUCGGGAGAUGAGGGGGAGCUGGCAGAGGCUGGACCCAGUGCAGAGGGGCCUGGCUCAGGUGAUGAGAAUAGACUGGCAGAGGCUGUGGCAGACCCUCAGGGAGAGGAGCCAAGGCCAGCAGGAACCUCUGCCAGCUCUGAGGGCCUGGUGCCGGCAAAGACUCUGGAGGAGCCGCAGGGAUCUGAGGAGGAGACGGACAAGCCCGGUUUCAGCCAGUUACGGGCGGAGAAGGCCACCAGAUGCCGGUCUAGCCGUCUCCAACAGAA